ACCUCCUGGUUUAUGAACUGUCUGUCAGCUGCAUCUGAAGCUGCACAUAUGAGAGAGAAGAGGAAGAGAGAGAAGAGGAGAGAGCAUUUUACUGCCAGAGAGAGAAACAAAAGAGGGAAAAGAGAUUGUGUAUUUGAAUGUAUCGCCUCUAGUGAAGCUUCAACAACGACGAGGAAGAGCAGCUCUGCAGCCUUCAGCAUUAUUAGCAUCACUUUCUGCUUUGGUCAGCUUGGAGCUGAGAAGCAGCCGGAGGAAGUCGAAAAACUUUAAGCAGCUUAAGGGAUUUUAUUGGAUCAGAUAAGAGGAGCAUAUCAGUGAAACUGAGGAGCAAAGAUGAACCAAACUGCGUCCGUGUCUCAUCAGAUUGAGUGUCAGCCAGUCAAGGAUUCCAAGGAGUUUGUGGAUGUCAGCCCCCCGCAGAGGAACUGGAAGGGCAUCGCCAUCUCCCUGCUGGUGAUCGUGGCGGUCUGCUCACUCAUCACCAUGUCUGUGGUCGUCCUCACGCCUGCGGAGCUCCCCGGCAACAGCAAGACCAGGCUAACUGUGGCCGAUCUGUACAAACCAGAGUUCAGCGUCCAUGACCCAGAGGCCACGUGGCUCAGUGAUUCAGAGGUGGUGUACAGGAACCGCGAUGGUCAUGUCAUCAAGUUCAACUUCGCCUCCAACGAGACAGAAGUCAUUCUGACCAACAGCACCUUUGUGGCCUUCAAGGUGGUAAAGUACUCGCUCUCUGCAGAUCUGAAGUACGCACUCUUCGCGUACGAUGUCAAACAGAUGUACAGAUAUUCAUACACGGCGUCUUACAUCGUUUACAACAUCUACACCAGGGAGGUAUGGGAGCUGAACCCUCCGGAGGUUCACAACGCGGUGCUCCAACACGCAGCUUGGGGAAGACAAGGACAACAGCUGAUCUACAUCUUUGAGAAUAACAUCUACUACCAGUCCGAUGUGAAGAGCAACUCUCUGAGAAUCACCUCCUCUGGGAUGGGAGUCAUCUUCAACGGACUGGCCGACUGGUUGUAUGAAGAGGAGAUUCUGCAUUCACACUUGGCUCACUGGUGGUCGCCUGACGGAGAGCGACUGGCUUUCCUCACCAUCAACGACACCCUGGUACCCAAAAUGGUUCUGCCCCAGUUCACCGGCAACACCUAUCCCAAAGGACUACAGUACCCGUAUCCUAUGGCUGGUCAGAGAAACCCUGCCGUCAAGUUGUCGGUGGUCAACCUGUUCGGAGCGACACACACUCAAGAACUGCAGCCUCCAGAUCAGCUCAGGCUCAGCGAUUUCUACAUCACCAUGGUGAAGUGGCUCGGUAAUACUCACCUGGCAGUGCGGUGGGUCAACCGGCCCCAGAAUGCAUCAGUGCUGACGGUGUGUGAAGCCACCAUAGGAGUCUGUCUUCAGAGACAUGAGGACUCUUCAGAGACGUGGCUCUCCAUGCAGGGACAGGAGCCGCUGUUCUCCCAGGACAGGAGCAGGUUUUUCCUCACUCUGCCCGUGAAACAAGGAGGUCACGGAGAUUUCCACCACAUCACAAUGUUCUCCAAAAAGUUACGAAGUGACCACGACGAAGUUCGACAUUUAACGUCAGGAGACUGGGAGGUGACAAAAAUUUUUGCUUACGAUGAAAACAACCAGAUCAUAUACUUUCUGAGCACAGAGGACUCUGCACAACAAAGACAUUUAUACAGUGUGUCCACCCUCGGCCUGUUUCCACGGCGAUGUCUCACCUGUGGACUGAAGGAAGGGUGUUCGUUCUUUGACGCUGACGUCAGCCCCGAGGCACAGCACGCCAUCCUGCACUGUAAAGGUCCUGGAGUUCCAGCUGUGCUGCUUCUCAGUUUUGAUGAUGUGGACUCAUAUUUCAUCUUAGAGAACAACCUUCCUCUGCGGUCAGCGCUGGAGACUAAAAAGAUGAUUCAGACUGAAAUCCGGAUGAUCACGAACGACAACUUUGAGCUGCCUCUGAAGCUCAUCUAUCCUCCUGACUUCUCUGAGUCCUACCUGUACGGCCUUCUUCUUAUUGUUGGCAGUUCCCUGGGCGCCCAGGCGGCGACAGAGGAGUUUGGGCUGGACUGGGCCUCUGUGCUGGCGGGGUCCGAGCAGGUCAUCAUAGCUCGGCUCGACGGCAGAGGCUCCGGGUUCAGAGGACAAAGGGUUUUACAGCAGGUCCAUCAGAGGCUCGGCACGGUGGACGCAGAGGACCAGACAGCAGCUGUGGAAUACCUCGCGGAUCUGCCGUUCGUCGAUCGCACCCGUGUCGGAGUCUUCGGAGAGGACUACGGUGGCUUCCUCGCACUGACGAUGCUGAAGUCGACUGAGAAGCUGAUCAGAUGUGCUGCGGUGCAGGCUCCUGUCACUGACUGGUCCAUGUACGCCUCUGCCUUCUCAGAGAGAUACCUCGGCUCACCUUUAACUGAGAAGAACAGAUACCAAGCAUCCAGAGUUGUCACCAACAUGAAAGGUCUGCAGGGAGGAACUCUGUUUCUGGCUCACGGCACUGCAGACGCAAACGUUCACUUUCAGCACACAGCGGAGCUCAUCAAACACUUGAUAAAGAUCGGAGCCAACUAUACUAUGCAGAUCUACCCAGACGAGGGACACUUCCUGUCAAGACGCAGCCGGAUUCAGCUGACUCACUCCCUAAUUGGUUAUUUUAGAGGAUGUCUGCUUGACGCAUCAUCGUUACUCGACCAACAACAACGGGACGAUGAGUGAGAGGAAACGUGGUUAUUAUUACUGGACCGUGUGUGUUUAUGAUGUGCCCCUGCUUGACUGAGUGUGUGUGUGUGUGUGUGUGUGUGUGUAUUUUAUACCUGUAGAACAACAUUUGAUGGACAAUACAAGCUUCUUCCCAACAUAUCAGAUAUAGUUUCUAUCGCUCGUCACCUCAGUAGAAUAAAGCUCCUACAGUCGGCUCCUAUGAUGCAAACAGGUCAUUCAGAGAGAUAUCGCCUCUCUCUCACUGACAGAACAGAGAAAAUGUUACAUUUUUUGUGUCAUGGCAAGAUUUACAAACUAUACAAAAUGUGUGGGAAGAUUGGAGGAGGUGAUAAAAUGACUUUCUUUAUGAAGCCAACCUACUCUCUAAAAACCAUGACAGGCUUCUGUCGGCACAGUCUCCGCAAAACAUUGUGUGAAAUUAGCACAAAUUCUGAAACAAAGGGUUUUUUUUACGUGUUGUUUUUAUGCCUUCUUCCCCUGUAAAGGUGCGAUAACUGCAGCUUCAAACCUUAAGUAUUUCUGUACAACAUUAAAUAUUCAUUAGCAAAAAUCAAACAUCCUUAUUAUCGUAUAUAGUAUAGCACCUUUCAAAGGUUGGAGCAACUUGAAGUACUUUAGAGAUGACUCAAGCUGAUUAUAAGACAAAAGUAAACAGUAAAGCAAUUUGAGACUUAUAUACACAGGAAAUAAAAAUGAUGAAAAUGUAAUAAACAAUAAAAUAGACACGUAUUUAAAUAACACAACAAAUACUAGAGAGUAAAACAUUUUAAACCAUUAAUACAUUAUUACUCAAUCCUGAUUGGUGCACAGAAAUGUGUGACGUCCCAACUGAGCUCCACCCAUUUCAAACUAGUGAGAAAAGUAACAAAAGUAAACUAACACCAACUUUUCUGACUUUAACAGACAAUGUGUGGUGUUUUUCAUAAACGACCCAGUUUCUUACAAUUAAAAUAAGUUAGUGUAAAGGUUUGGGUCAUUGCAAAGUAGGAAAAGCUUCAUUAACAGCUUUUCUUCACUCUGCAGACACAUAUUGCUCACCUUGUUUCCAUGAAGCAUGGCAUUUUCCACCUAGUAUUACGUAAAUGGAUUUUAUUUAGAAGCCCGUUACAUUGAUUAUGUUUCAAGCUCUUUUUCUCAACAUUGAGAGGUUUUUUUUCCGAUGCCAGUUGCACCAUUCUGGUCCAUCAGUGGGACAUGAAACCAAUUUAAAAAUGCACAUUUAUGACAUCAUUGAUCCUCCAAAGCUUCCUGUAUAGGAAAAGACAAUACAUUUGUUUUAAAGAACAACAAAACAUGACAAAGCCUGACAGCAUCAUGUCAACAUCUCUUAUUGCUUAAACUUCAUCUGAAAGGGAUUAACUUGCAGGGAAACAUAAUACAACGUGUGUAAGCAAUCAAAAAGCAGACACCGUUUGCUCAUCGUUAGAAAACCAGUAUGUCAUGUUAAGUCCUGUAUAUUUAUGUUGGCAUGGUUACCUGUUUUACAAAUAAGGUUACAGAUUUUGAAGUCAUUAAGCCUUUAUUCAGACAGCAAGAGUGCUAAACAGAUGGACAGUACUUAUUUAUUACACUGUCUCCUUGUCAGUAUAUUACCUGAGAUUUAUUUAUUUUAUUAUUUACCAUGUCACAACAAUUUUCAUUUGAUAUAUAAUAAAAAAAAACGUCUCUAAAUAUUGAGCUUAAAGGGGCAAUAAGUGCAGUUGUUCUCGUCCCAUAGCACAUAACUCUCACUACAUCACUCACCACAUUUAUAGAGCAUUAUAUCUCUGGCUCACCAUCUAUCUGCAGCAGCUUCAUACUCUUCAUCUGGCCUCUUUCUGUUUGGACCUUUUUCUUCACACAAAUCUGCAGCCGGUUUAUUGCAGUUUUUUUUUACGAUAAACUAUAACCUUGUCACAAGGAGUUUGCAUUGAAUUCCUGCUGUAAUGUCAUUUAAUAGCUGCAGGGUAUAUUUUCUAUGGUUUUAUAUUUUCUACUGGUUGCCAUAACGGUCUUACGUAAACCGCUUAAUGUUCCUUCAAAUCCUUGGCUGACGGAACAUACUAAUAAUAUUUUUGUUUUGUAAACUUGAUUUGGAGAAACUCAUGUCCUAAUUUAUUCAUUAGAAUUCCUCUGGAUGAAUUAUUUCAAGUGCAAUUGCCCUUCACUUGUGCAUUUCCAGCUGCUAAAAAUGUGGCUUUUGUUUAGAAACACUCCCAUUUUAUAGUGUUAUACAUAAAGCUUUGUAAUUAAAAAGCAUCUUAAGUGUUACGGGCAACACAAUGCCAUAGCAAGAGAGCGUUCCUCACUCUGAUUAUGCAGACAAUUACUGUCGGCCAUGAAUCACAGUGAUAAAUGUCCUCAGUCAGUUGUAGCUUUUAGAGGAGCCAAAGUGUGCUCAGUGUCUGGAGUUUCAUUUCCAAACUGCUAUUAACACGUGAGGAGAAAAACAACCGUUAAUCUCAAAUUGUGAUAAUCCCCUACAUUGCAUGGCUAUUGGUUGUUAUGCCAACCUGUCGGUAGCCUUGGAUACAGCUACUCUCGGGCUGGUGAUGCAACAUCUUCAACGUUGUGUGCCGGCUUAACAGCAAAAGACCCACCUGCUGAACAGUCCCGCUGCCUGUGCUCUGUAACAGUGGAGUCCAAUUUAAAGAAACAGUGUGUGAAGUCAUAGUUAUUGUUUUGAAUGGGUUUUUACUGUGAGUUUGACUUGAUUUAUUUAUUUUUAUGGGUUGGAAACAUUGUGGGUGAGGGGUGAAUAGAAAAAAAAGUUAUUGUAUUUUUUGGCUGUUUUAAUAUUAAAGAAACAUGAAUGAGC